AUAUAGUCAAAAUAUUGUAAAAUUUUGGGAUGAAAUUGUUGCUGCUGCUGAAAUCCAAAUUUUGCUCAACAAAUAAUAAUAAUUGGUAUAAAGAAACGUAUUGUCCUAUCAUAAAAGUAACACAAAAUUAUAAAGAUAUGAGCAAAACAAAUGUAUCGAUACAAAAUAUCGGCAAAUUAAAAAUUGAAUGCCUGUUUGUAACUUUUACUACAGAAGCGUCUCCUGAUUUUAACAUAUUCACUCCUCAUAUGGUAUGCUUGUCAAAAAAUUUGAAAUUAUCAUUACCAAUUAAUGAGGAAGGUUGGACGAUAUUCAAUUUACAACAAAUUGGAUAUUAUCGCGUUAACUAUGAUGAAGAGAAUUGGCAAAGAAUUACAAAUUAUCUACACUCUCGUAAUUACAAGAAAAUUCAUGUUCUUAAUCGUGCUCAAAUUAUCGAUGAUGCAUUCAAUUUAAUGGUAGCAGGCCAUCUCCAUUCCUAUAUAUUCUGGAACAUUAUAUCGUAUUUGCAUCAAGAAGAAGAUUAUAUAGCAUGGUAUCCUUUGUUUAAAGCUUUGGAAUAUAUAUGUAGUACUUUUCCAGUGUUGAAAGAAAAAAUUGGAUAUUUUACGGUAAAUAUUAAUAAAGAGUGAUGGCGAAAAGACCUAUUUAUUCGCCCAUUUUAUAGAGUCGCAUUUUGGGACCUCAAAUUUCAAACUAUUUUUAUGUCAAAUAGUACUAUAUGAUGAGAUAUUAAUCCCAGAGAAGUUUUAAGAUAAGCAUAGACACGGCUUCAGAAAUACAAGCAGGUGAAAGUAAUGAUUUCUAGUCAAAGAUGACAAACUAUCACAUUCGCUUCUUCAUGUCUUCGGAACCGUGCCUAUGCUCAUCUUGAAAUAUUAUUGCGGGAUUAGGUAA